AUGCAAAUGCCUUUGCUGACGCCACGGCACGUAAAGUGUUUUCUCCCCUCUUCUUCUGCCACUUUGCCGGAGAGUGCUGCCAGGGGGAGAAGAGUGACUGGAGUGGUGAAAAACAGCGGAAGAACGGACACCGCGACGGCGCCGCUGUUGUGUCACGAAUCGGCGAAAGUUGGACAGCCCAGUGCAGGGCUGGUCCAUGUACCGCACGCAUUGCAGGUGCGAGAGUUAGAGGCGGAGCUGCGGCGUCUUAAGGCGGAAAACGCCAGGCUGCAGCAGGUGGAGGAGCAGUUCUGGGUACUCCUGGCGGAGAACGAGGAGUUGCAGAAAGCGGAAACUCACAGCAGGGCCCCUGUUGAGGCUUCUUACGGUUGUGGGCGACGGCACGGAGGUUCAUUUCUAGGGGGGUGCAGGAAAGAACAGAACGACGAGGAGAGCUGGCGUAUCUCUUCCUGUGUUCGUGCCCUCCGCGAGUGCAUGGAUCUUCUUUUUGCGAGGGAACUAAAUGAUGCAUCACAGGCAGAUUGCACAGAAGCUGUGAAAAAGCAGCUGGAGCAGGAGGAUUCUGUGGCAACGUAUUUGCUGUGGCUUCGCGCGAGACGAGGCAGGGGUGUUGAUGAACAUAAACCAAAUGACAUCCUUCUGCCGCAUCGUGAACAAUCCGCGAUUGUGGGAGGGGGAGAGGCUGCACCUCGCAACAAGACUUCUGUCCGGGAUGGAGUCUCGUUGGCUAUUCCUCCCUUUCAACAGGAGUUAAAUGAAACAAACACGGUGCUGUUGCGGCGCAGUCUUGAAGAUACCGAACGCCAGCUGCAAGAGACACGUGAGAUGUUGGAGCUGGCAAAUAUGAGUCGCUCCGCCGCAUUAAAGGAUUGCACCCGAAUGAGUGAACAGGUGACUACGCUCACAGAUUACCUGCAGGAGAUUCUCAGGUCUUACAAGACAUCUCAUGACUUGUGGCUGGAGAAUGAGGCGCUGAACGCGUUUGUGGAGAAGCAGGCAAGAGACAUUAAAGUGAGAGAUAAGCUUCUCGCUGAAAUGCGCGUCACAUUGCAACAGCUCAAAAACACGAGGUCCUCAGAGGAGGUCUCUCUUACUGAGACAACCGAACGAGUGCGCCGGCAGCUUCUUGAGCGUCAAGCUAUUUCCACCUCUGUAUCGAUAGGGCAGUAA